GGAGAUGGAGUCCAUAAAUCCUCCAGUCGUCAAGCCGAUCAACACCCGAACCAUUCGCACAGCAUCCGCGCAUCCCCUGGACUGGCCCAUUCUGCGGUGAUCACAUACACGCCCAUGAACAUACAGAUGAGCAGCUUGACUUACCGGACGAAAUUCCAACAAAAAUCCCGAACCUUCCCAAACCACAAACACCGGUUCCAAUCGCCUGCCGUGUGUAUGAAUAGUUCUAUCUCCAAUUUGGAGUCCAGUCCAAUGUGCUUCAAUUUUGGUGCACGGAAAUGUGGAGGUACGAAGAGAUCACCCACCUAUGCCCUUCGCAGUGGAAUUUAUGCUCUAAUUGCUGCAGCGGAUUCAGGCCUACUUCAGCCAUCACUCACAACUCUACCCCCGGUUGUGACCUCGAACUAUUUCAAACACAUGCCUAGUCAACUAUAUUUCAUGUACCCCUACCUCCCCUACCCAUUUUUCCCCAGUACGGAACUCCACCUAUACGAAGUUACUAAAUUCUCAAUUAAUAUGUUGUGCACACCAAUGGACCUAUCAGUGAUGCUGUUUAACGCCCUCUUACUGCUUGCAAAAGACCAUACUUUCCUUGCGAUUGUUGCUGUUGCGCAACCAAGUCUGAUUUGUGUGACCGAAACAUGGCUGUCAGUCGAAACUCCAGAAACGGCAGUCUAA